UCGCGGGUGAAGCAUUUGACCAGCCCAUCUGCCCCAUUCCCACAGCGAACAACACUUUCGCUGAGCCAAAAUAAUCGUGCAUCCGCGUGGGACCCCUGCGCCUACGAUGCCGCCGCGCAAGCGAGCGGCCAAGGCCAAGGCUGAAGACGGCCCGGCCAAAAAGAAGCCCGCGAGACGAGCCGCAGCGGCGGCUAGCGAGGCGACUGAGGUCGAGGCCCCGCCGGCCAAGCCAGCAUCAAAGCCAGCAGCACGGCCGCGCAAGCGCGCGGCAGCCGCCGAGGCGCCCGCACCGCCGCCGGCGAAACGCGCUGCCCCGGCUUCCGCCUUUGACGAGACCGAGGCGACGAAGGCCGCCAAAAAACUGACAGUGCCCAAGCUCCGCGCCGCGCUCGAGGCCGCGGGCGCCGACACGAAGGGCCUCAAGGCGGCACUCGUCGAGCGCCUCGUCGCCACGCAGCGCGCCGCGUCCGCGGAUGGGGAAGCGACUACGCCAACCCCCGCGGAAGCUGAGGCCCCCGCGCCGUCGCGCAAGCGCAAGGGCCCGCCCGUCCUCUACUCGGCCCCGGCCCGGCAGCCGGCCAAGCUCACGCGCGCCGCGCAAGCCGAGAUCUCGGGCGCGCUCUCCCCCGACGUCGGCGGACGGCGCGGCGCGCCCUUCGAGGCCGACGCGCCGCCGGCCCCCGCGCCGGCGCCCGCGCCCGCGCCGCCGCGCGACCCGGACGCGUACCACGUCGACGUCGACCCGCGGCCGCCGGCGAACCGCGUCGCCGCGCCGGCCGCCGCGGCGCCGGCGCCCGCCGCGCCCGCGCCCGCGCCGCCACCCGCGGCGGCGCCGGCGCCCGCCUCCCGACCGCCGCCGCCGCUCGCGCCGCCGCCGCCCGGCGUGCGCGCCUGGGACCCGGCGACGGACGCGUCGGCGCCGAGCUUCGGCCUCGCCGUGCCCGCGCGCGCGCCCGCCGCCGCGAACGUGUCGCCCAUGUCGCCGUGGUUCCUCUGCGGCGGGCCGCCGCCUCUCGCCAAGCAGCACGGCCCCGCGUCGGCCGGGCGGCCGGACGCGGCCGACGUGCUGCGCCGCGUCCGCGACGAGGCCCAGGCCGCGGGCCGGCUCGGCGACGUCCUCCGCGGCGCGCUCGAGACGCGCACCUAGCUAACUUAACUUAUACGUAGUACAUCACACAUA